AUAAAUGGGUUCUACGCAAUGUCGUCCGCGGAUAACUUCGCUAAUAUGUAGAAUGAAAACAAAAGUGUCAAAUAAUUGUCAAAUAUUUAUGUACAUGAGCACUAUCGAGAUUGAGAUAAUAUAAAAUGGCCGAGAAUGGAUUUGCAUCUGACAGUAACGCCGAAGAAUCCCUCGUUACAGAAGCUAUUAAUUUAGAUAUUGAGGAGUUAGAUAAUACAGAGUAUGCUAUACCAAUAGUGGAGGAAUUACCCACUUUAGAAAGUAUAUUGAUGGAACCUGAUUACGAGUCAUUAUCAGAAACAGAUGAUGAUAUUGGCAUACCAGUGGGAGAAAGACUCGGUAGUAGUGAAACGACAAGCAUUGGCAGUCAUCUGUCUCUGAAUUCAUUGAAUAAAUCCUCCAGAGGCACGCAAAAGACAUUUUCAGGUGUUAUUUUAAGGCAUGUUAUAUUAAAAGGAAUAUCAUCACAAAUUGUAUCGGCUAAUGAAAGAGUCAAUGCUGGCUUAGCCAGUGCGGUUGCAGCUAGUGGAAAUAUGUUAGUAAUUGGUACUAGCCAUGGUUUAAUACUUGGGUUUGAUUCAUCACAAACAUUGAGAUGGUGUGAUCAAGAAGCAAGACAUCAAGGUUCUGUUUCUGCUCUUUGUUUCAAUCAUGAAGGCAGCAGAGUACUGGCUGGUUUUGUCAGAGGACAAAUUCUGAUGUUAGAUAGCAGUAAUGGGAAGGUUUUAAGAGUUCUCACUGAUGUACAUCCAUUUGAUACUGCUGUGUUACAUGUUAAGUUUACAGAUUCGCCAAAAAUAGCUUUAUGCAGUGAUAGCGGUGGAUCAGUGUUUGAAUUAAAUUUCACUAGGGUCAUGGGUGUAAGAGGUUGCGAAAGUAGAUGUUUGUUUAGUGGCUCUAAAGGUGAAGUGUGCACGCUGGAACCUUUAUUGUUGAAUCAUCUACCGUCGCAUCCGUUGAAAAAUUACACAUUGGUAGCAAUGGCAACAUUAUCGAAGGUAAUUGUAGUUUGCAUAAGACCGCGAAUGCGAGUAGUACUGAGUCAUCCGUUAUGCGGUGCUGCAACAGCACCUCCACAACUAUCUUGGCAGCUAGUUGUGAUACAAACAGCGGAUGGAUCUCGCGUAAUCGAUCCUGUAUUGGCGCUUGCAAGAGACAACGUGGUGCAUUUUUACCAAGUGUACACCGAGGUAGGCUCGCGUGUCAAGUUAUCUCCUCUUCGACGGAUGACAUUACCGUAUACGAUAAGUAAUUUGAGAUGGUUAAAUCCAAGAUCUCUCAUAGUGCUGGACACGCAAGAGAAGCUGCAUUUGUUAGAUGUAAGAGCGCAGGAUAAUCUGGAAACGUUGGAUAUGAGCCGCGUCGGUAUUUCUUAUGCCUCUAGUCAUUUUAAAGGACUAUCCACUGGUGGGAAUGUUUCUAAGGCAAUGGCAUUAGCUGGCGAACGAGCAUGCUACAAUACCAUGGUAGUAUUUGGCACACAGCUAUUAUUAUUAGGUACCAAAAGUUUGCACGCGAUUUGCAUAAGAACAUGGACCGAAAGGAUACAGCAUUUGAUCAUGCAGAAGCGUUACCCUGAAGCGUUAGCGUUGGGCCUCUCGUUUUAUCAAGACAAAGGCAAGGCGGUGAUUGGUCUUCGAGGUUCUAAGCAACGUCGCAAACAAAUUGCGCGCGAUAAAGUCUGUCAAGUUCUGAUUCAAUAUAUGGAUGAAUUAAAUCAGUGUUUAAUGGACGAAAAUAUGGACUACGACAUGAUAGUGCUCACCUGCGUCGACUACUGUAUUCAACUGGAAAACUUGGAUUUGUUGUUUGGAAAAUUGUGGGACAUUGUGUUCGAGUCAGAAGGGUUAAAGACAAGUUACUUGCACGCCCUCGAAGCCCCUCUGUUAGACGGAAGCCUACAGUCUAGAUUACCACCGUUGAUCGCUCAACAAUUAGUUAGCCUGUACGAUCAGGAGAACAAAGUAGACUCGUUGGAAGCGAUCGUAGUUCUGCUUAACGUAGAUUGCUUAGACAUUCAUCAGGUAACUACAAUCUGUCGUCAACGAGGGCUCUGGGAAGCACUAAUUCAUCUUCAGACAACGGCGCUUGGCGACUUUACCGCGCCGAUUCAUCAGUUGGUGCCGGUACUUCAGAACUUGCUGUAUGACGCAACAACCGCUCUUUCCCGAGAUAGCAUAAAACUUGGGAACGCCAUUUUGGUUUAUACCAGUUGUUGCCUCGCUGGCCGCGGAUUCCCCAAAGACGAGCUUCCCGAGGGUAUGCCGCAGAAAGCGAAAGCGGACAUACUGAGAGCUUUGCUCUCUCAACAUUCCAGUUUAGCAAACGACACAGAGAGACAGUACCCAUACCUGAGGACGCUGCUGCAAUUUGACGCGAAGGGCUUUCUCGAUGUGAUAGCCAUUGCCUUUCAGGAGCCAGAAUUUACUUCCGAGAUGGGUCUCCGACACAGGCAGAGGCUCAUAGAUAUCUUGUUGAGUAUCGUUAUGCCGAAUACGCCGCUUAGCCCGAAAAGCACUGAUUACAUCACGCUGGAGCAACAGUUUAUGGUUCUUAUGUUUGUGGCGAACGAAGCGUCCGAGAGUACCGUCACGUUGGAGUCUAAUAUAUUGAAUAAAAUGAUAGAUAUAUUGUGCAUCGACAUGCACGUAGAAAUGUUGAAGGAUUUUAAGACCGAGAGAGAAAAUGCUGUACUGGGAUUACUGCAUUCUAAGAAACUGUGCAAUAUCUCCGACAACACUUUGCUGAAUUUAGCGAAUAGAGCGGGUUUUAUAAGAGUCGCGGAGUUACUGUACAGCGCGAGAGAAGACUGGGUAGCAGUGUGUAAAUGUAUGAUUUUAGAAUCGUCCAGGCAUCACGAUAUAUGGCCCUGGCUCGAACAUCUGCCGGCCGCGUCGUUGGAUCAAGUUGUGUCGGCUCACGCCCCGACUCUCGUGACGAUCAAUGCGAAUCAGUUCGCCACGACCGUCGCGACUCGAUUGCAGAGCAAGAUCAAUGCGAUACUGCAAAAUCUCGGCAAUAAUUUAAGUCUGGAGUACAAUUUGCUAGGAGCGUUGUAUCAAAUCGCGCAGUACAAAGAAGAGGAUGUCUCUUUGGAAUUGUCAACCGAACACUUGGAGAGAUACCUGGCAUUGAUGUGCGAGUUGAAGCCGGAACACGUGGUGGCUCACAUACAUGGGCCGCACGGUUGUAGAUUGGACGAAGCGUUGAAGAUCGUUCAAAAGUGGAACUGCAAAGACGCGGAGGCGGUGAUGUUGGAGAAGCUGGGCAACUACCAAGACGCAUUUAAUCUCUUGCUGAAGGAAUUUGAGAAUCACCUGGAGCUCUAUCGACAUAAUAAGGCUUCGGAGAGCGAAGCUGUGCGUGCCGCCGCGCAGCUCGCGGGCAUAUGCCGAAGAUCAGCGGGAAAUUUGGACUGGAUGCCACUCGUGGAAGCGGUAUUUCGUUCGCAUUCCGAGAACAAUAAACAACAGGCGGACAAACUAAGCGGAAAGCUGUUGAGAUUAAUCCUAGAGUCGUUGAGCGGCACUUCGAUUCUAUCGAAUAUAUUGGAGCAGAUUCUGAGGAAUCCAUUAGCAACGAGCGGGACAAUGGGUGAUAUACGACAGCUGUUAUCCGGAGUUCUCACUCAGUCGCGAUACGAGCAGACCCUGGUCGAAACCACCGCACGAUUAGUGAGCUUGGAGUUGCACAAGGCUCUAGAGAAGUCCCUGAGGGACGCUGGCAGAGCAUGUGGAAACGUUUCCGUAACGUGCCCGAUAUGUAGACAAGCAUUAUCGAAUUGUUCCGAUUACGUAGUAGUGUUCGGCUGCGGUCAUGGAUAUCACUCGACGUGUCUGGGUGAACCCAAGUCGUGUUACAAAUGUCUGAAUACAAAAGGUUGGGCACCUGUCGCUACCGAUAUCACACACGCCGUUCAACCUCCGCCGAGAAAGAAAGUUCUUCUUCCGCCAGAAUUUCUACGUCACCAAGACCUCACGCUAAGAUUGGCGCCGCUCUGUCCCACUCCUGAUCUUGAGGGCAUCUUUUAAUCUAGUCUUUGAAUAUCGAAUAUCGAAAUUGACGAUUACGUUUGCGAAACGGUACGUAAAAUGUUCUAAAGAGGAUAUACCGAAAUAAAUGUAUAAUACUAUUAUACGAGCUACUACGUCGGAUCUUGGCACUAUGAUCGUUUUGUCUGCGAUAUUGUAUAGUACUAAGAGAUAUAUAUUAAGCUCUUCUCCAUUCCUUGAGAUUUUAUUUGUUCGACGUUCGCUAAUGUUUAGGACACGUCGCCAAAUACACGAGUUAAUUACGAGUUAAUUACGAGAGAUACAAAUAUAAAUAUUUAUUAUAUUGUUUACGAGAUCGUUAUUCUUCCAACUGAACUGAAGGUCGGUAACGACCUUCAUACAGGACACAAAAUCGAUCCAUCGAUGGUG